GUUAAGUGCUAAAUUACUCGGCAUUUUGUGGUGCCGUAGGAAAAGGGAAACAUCAAGCAUGUAUUUACAAUGUGGCUUUCGGGCAUGACAAGAAGAACGACAAACAACUGUCUCGGGACUCCUUUGUAUGAAUGCAGUUCAUAUAACUUUAGUUGAGGAAAGGUACAAGGGCAAGCAAGUCGUUAAAUUUAUCGUAAUUCGUCAGUGACAAAUUGCAAUAUGGCCGUCACAAUUGAACUGAAAUUUAAAAAAAUCUGCGAUGAUCUCGACGGAUCUGAGGGGCCUGUCUUCAAUACAAAGGGAGACUUCUACGCGGUGGCACCGAUGCCAACUUUGGAAGAUGGAAGGGUCGAAGAAGCAUCUCAGUUUUUGGACAAGAUUGCCGGAAAUUUACAUAAAGUAAAUUUAGAUACUGGUGAACAUGAGGUCGUAUGCACUCCUCAAUUUGAAGGAUAUGGUGGAAGGCCCGCCGGGUGCCAAUCCGACAAAAAUGGGAAUAUUUGGAUAGCUGAUAUGAGACUCGGAAUACUAAAGUAUUCACCCGAAGACGGCAAAUGCCAACAAUUGAGCAAAGUCGACAGCUCGGGGAAUGCCCUAAAUGGUUGUAAUGAUCUCGUUUUUGAUAAAGAUGGAAACCUUUGGGUAACAGGUCCCGGGAGUCCAAUUGCACCUUCAGCCGAAGACAGAACAUUAAUAUUUCAGAAACCUUCCGGCCGUUUAUACUUUCUUGAAAAUGGUAACACAAUUCCAGUUGCAAUGGAUGAAACAUUUAGGUUUUGUAAUGGUAUUGCUAUCCGCGACAAUUUGCUGCUUGUUGCUGAGACAAUGACCAGAAGCAUUAUUGCAUUUGAUGUGGUCUCGUCGGGUAAAUUAUCUAACAGAAGGGUUUGGGCAAUGUUACCAAAAGCUGAUUACGACAAUCCAAUGAAUGUUGGGGGACCAGAUGGAAUGGAUUUUGAUGUCAAUGGAAAUUUACUUGUAGCACACCACGGAGGUGGUCAUCUGGAAGUAUUUUCAGCAAACGGAGUUUUGAAAACCAGAAUUAAAUGCCCGUUCAAACAACCAAGUAACUUACAUUUCAAACCUGCUUCUCGAACCUGCUAUGUUACUGAACAUGACUUUAACGGAGUUUGGGAGUUCGAGUGGGAAUGCGAGGGAAUGCCCAUGUAUCACUUCACAAGUCAAUGACCUGAUUUUUAUCUUUCACAUAUCGUGUUCAUCGUUGGGUUAUUUGCAACAAAACCCAAUAACUUGUUGGCAUUAACUUGCUAAAGACAUUUAGAGGCUCUAUUGGCAGGAAGGACUUUGGUGUCCUAUAUAUAAUAUAUAAUAACAGGAAUGUAACAAGUAUUUCAUGUUGCCUGAAAUUGAAAGUAAAGUUUAGUAUUAAUUACUCAUUCAAGGCCAAGUGAAAUGCUAUUUAAACGUUUUAGGACUUGCGAUUUUUAACAGUAUUACUGUUAAUACAGCAUUAGCCAGUAUUACUGUUAAAAAAAGGCCAGUUAUUGAAUAUUUUAAGUAGCAUUUCACCGUAAGUUCAAAGAGUAACGGUUAAAUGCCAUUUGAACGUUGAACGACUGGCUUUUUUUAACAGUAUUACUGUUAAAAACGGUCAGUCAUUACAUAUUUUUCACCGUAACUUUAAAGAGUAACGGUGAAAUGCCACUUAAACGUUGAACGGCUGGCUUUUUUAACAGCAAUACUGUUAAAAACGGUCAGUCGUUUAACGAUUAAAUGGCAUUCCAAUGUAAGUUUAAUACUUCGUUCGAAAAACGUCAAUUUUCACUAAAUCGGAUAUUUGUUUUUUUGACAUACCAGUAUUUAAAACUGGAGUAGUGCACCGUUACUUCAAUAUUCCUAAUGGCUAAAUACCGAUUCCGGGACAGUAUAACCUGUCCAGGGCCGGAUCAUGCCUUUUCCGGUUUAGAGGCCAUAAGUACUUAGGACUUUGUUGCACUAUGUAUAAGAAGUACUGAUAAUAGUAAUAUACAGUAUAAUAAUGAAACUAGUGUUCCAUGUUAUCUGAAAUUAAAUAUGCAGUCUCGGUAUUCAUUUCUUAUUGAGGGCCAAAUUAUGAUUAAUUUGCAUGAUAUUUUUAGAAAUGGUUUUCAUGUCUACAAACAUUUGUAGAGGUUCAAGACGAUACUUAGAAAAAAAAAGAGCAAAAUUCAUUUUAAUGGGGACAAUAUUGACGACAAACGUUUUUUUUCAGCGUGUAGUGUCGAAAUCAUAAGUGGAAAUAAUUCAUGUGAUUUUGUGUGUUUCGUGCAUGCAUUAUAAAAUAAAUAUAAUUUUGAUGAAUAAAUUCUAUAUUAUUUCAAUUAAAUGUCCCCAUAUGACGUUGUAUCUACAGCUUUCGCGCCAGUGGUCUUUUAUACCUUUAUAUAUCACACCCCACAUCAUCACAGUCGAUAUCAGGAAUAUAUGAAUUCAGACCCCACCCAUUACACUUUUGCAUGUACUGUACAUUGAAAAAAAUUUCCUCCCAAUGCUAAAAUUCCAUUAUAUAAUCUUACAGACGAUUUACCUCCAAUUAGUUGAGUAAUUCGGUUUCACAUGCUAAAACGGUGUAGCGAAUGUGGAUUGUAACUAUGGAUUUUAAUGUUAUUUAACCCCUUCAUAUUAAUAGUAUGUUGAAUUCAAUGAAAUAGGUCAUAUUUGCUAUUUCCCUGAUUAUGAGUGAUCGCGACAGCUUCAAACAUUAGCUUUGUGUGUAUAGCCUUCUUUUGUAUCGUGCGGGAGUUGAAAUAUAGCGUUCUCCUAUGAUACUUACUGCUUUUGGAUUCGACCGUAUAACUGCUUUAAGGUUAAGUGAAUAUUUCAAUAUAUCUGUAUUUUGAUUCAAUUGGAUUGUGCAUAUAUAUAAACAAACAUUUGGCAUUAUAAUACAUUGCGUCCUUAUUGAC